UGAAUUAGUAAGAACAUGCUCCAGCCAAUUCAUGGCUGCAGCACUACAUUAGAGUAAUCAUGACAAACUGAGAAAAUGACCAUAUAAAAUAAUGAUCUCAUUAAAUUUCCACACCCCCUUUUCUAUUUCCCCUUCCUAGCGAAAAUCUUAUUUUAAAAAAAAAUGGAAAAAGACUCAAACAAAUUGAAAGAAAAGAGAGUUUUUAAAGAAAAAAUGGAGAGGCUUCCAAGGAAUUUCGUUUGAGUUAAGUGCCAAUGCUCCUCCACCUCUGAUUCAGGGAGAUUGUUAGACUUUAUUAAGGCUACUUACAUAAGUUUUUUCCAGUAGUUAUACUAUGAAUCUUUGUAUGCAUCAUGGUUGUGUCAACACAUAUACUAGGUACAAGGGUGUUUGAUGAUCAAACUCGAGCUGCUCUGGAAAGUUUCUCUUACCAACGCUGAUUCUAAUUGUUGUCUUCUAUAUGUACAAAUAAUACAUACUCAACCUUCUCUAGUUAAAUCUUUGCAUCUAGAAGCAAGCUUUUGUCUGGUUCCUAGCUGCGAUGAAUUUUUUUUGUUCAUCACAGGGAUUUAUCAGAGGAUCAUUCAUUUGUUUAUCAGGGCUGUGAUGAACAUAUUGGCCUAACAUGUAGUUUUUUAUGUUGAAAGUCCAUUUUUAUGUUUGUUUAAGGAGUUUCAUAAGAUCAAUGUUCACACUUCUGAUGGAAAACACAAGAUGUGUUAAUUUGAGUAAGGAAAUUUGCAGUGAAAUAUGGAAAUUAUAUGUGAGCUUGCUGAAGCCAUUGGUGAAAGAGAAUCUGACAUAAUAUUCACUUUGGAGGUCUUUUCUGGCCUCUACACGUCCAAUAUUGCUUUGGAUAUUGAAAGUGUCUUGUGGAAACUGCAAAGUGGGCUGAAAGAGUGCAAGUUAUACAAAUUUUGCAUGCAGUAUAACAGUACCAGAGGAAACAGAGAAGUGCUACUGAUAGGGGUUAACUACUAUAUACAACAGCAUUACUGAACUACUCAAAAAGAAUGACAAAUGCAGAAUGUCGAUUCAGAUUGAAUCCAGCAGGAAAUUGUGAAAGUCUACUGUCUUGAGUUCCUGACUCCUAAAUCUCCUGAACAUCUUGUGCAAUUUUGUCAAGGACGGUUGUUCUGAUCUAACAUGUAUCAUGCAUUCUUGCUAGGAGAAGUUGUACAACCGUACUGAUACAGUGAUUCCUGGUGUGGUUCGAGAAUCAUUGACACUUAAAGCAGUGCUUCGUUCUUAGUGCAGUUAAUGGUGGUUUUCACUCUAUAGUGAGUAUCACUGAGAAUGAUAACGGGCAAGUACUGGUAACUAUGGUCUCACUAUUUCUCUUUGCUUUCACUGUCCUAAAGCACAUGCCAUUUGAGUAUGGAACAAAUAUAUUAGAGUACUAAGAAAUAAAAAAACAUGGUUCGAAGAUAUAUUAAAGAAUAAUAAUUCUGAUCUGAAGAAUAUUUUGUCAAGUGGCUUCUUGCAUAAUAUAUUUGUGAUUAGUUAAAUCCGAAAUAUAUGAACACAAGAAUGAUGGGUUAGACAUAAAAAUACUACAAGGAGAUUAACGCGGCUUAUGAUUUUAAUGUUUUAAAUUGCUUUAUAUAUACUUUGUGUAAAUAGCAGAUGUGAUAAUGAUAUUAACUGAUAAUAAUGGACUAAAAUUAUUAAUAUUAUUGACUUGAUGAUCGUGGUAAGGUGCAUGUCCUUAAUAGCUAAGAAAACAUGUAUUGAAUGCAAAUGCUUUAUUUUAUAUGUUGUGUGUCCAAUCUGUCCAAAAUUAGCAUUCAUUUUGACGGCAUCAUUUGAACUAGUAACGUGACUACUUAAUUCAAGCGUGCAGAGUAAGUUACUUUCAGGAAGAGAAGAAGAUUGGCCAGGUAUGCAGUAUGUGUUUUUUUUAAAAUUUAUAUCCAAAUUUAAAUCCAAAGAAAUAAACUGUUAUCAAAUUCUUUUGGGAAAAAAAAAUAGCCUUUCACAUUGAUUACCAGCCAACCAACGUAUGCAUUUUAUGUUUAUAAUACUUGGUUUUUUCUUUGAAAGCAUCAAUGAUAAUUUGGUCAACUUCUGAUUCAAGCAUAAUCACAAUAUAUACAAGAUGUACUAGCUACUUCUCCCCAUCCAACUCCAAAACUAAACACAAGACCGCGAUCUUCAUCCACAUAUUCAACCCCUUUUGGUGGAGCUACACCCUGGACAACCUGUCGAUAUAGUCUAAUACGGUGGGAAAGGGGUGUAGCUCCACCACCACUCAGUAGUAGAUUGCAAAAAAUAGUACAACCUCUCUUAGUUUCAUUAAGAUUAGAAGUUCCUUGCGUGGUUAAAAAAAAAAAAAUGGUUAGUGAACGUAGUGCUACACCGCCUAUGACUUUGCCUGGUAAAGAUGAUGAGCCAUUACUACCACUUAUGCCUGGCAAUGGAGGUAAACCCUCACCUCCCUUGUCUGGAAAAGGAGGUGGACCGCCACCACCUCCACCGAAGUUUAUAAGCAAGAAGAAAGCCACAACAAGUUUAAAGAGGUCUACUGAAAUGGGGAACUUGUUUCGGCUCCUAAGGGGAUUGAUGGAAGGAUCUUGUUUAGGUGAGGGAUCAUCUCGAGGAAGGAAGACGGGUGGUGGGAGUAAUGGCGGAUCUAGUGGUGGACAAAGCAUGAAUGAUGCACUAGCAGAAAUAGCCAGAAGGUCAACAUACUUCCAGCAAAUUGAAGAAGAUGUAAGAACACAUGAUAAGACAAUUAAGGGGAUUCAAUCUUCUCUUAGCUCAUUCAAAACAAAGGACAUGGAUGUACUACUUAAAUUCUACCAAGAAGUAGAAUCAAAACUCGACAUCCUAACAGAUGAAAGCCAGGUUCUAGCAAGGUUUGAAGGCUUCCCGGGGAAGAAAUUAGAUGCCUUGAGGAUGGCAGCAGUGCUAUACAAAAAACUGAGUGCAACUCUAUCUGAGCUACAUAACUGGAAAAUCGAGUCACCUCUGGCUCAGCUUCUUGAUAAAGUUGAGAAAUACUUCAACAAGAUUAAAGGGGAAAUGGAAGCCAUAGAACGAACCAAAGAUGAAGAAGAAAAGAAAUUUCAGAGCCAUGGCAUCCACUUGGACUUCAACAUUAUCUUAAAGAUCAAGGAAGCCAUGGUGAAUGUCUCAUCGAGCUGCAUUGAGCUGGCUCUCAAGGAGAAAAGGGAAGCUAAGGCAGAAAUAAAUGAUCAAACUUUGUCAAAAGCAAGAAAUCGACAGAAGAAAGUAGACACUGAUACUCUUUGGAGGAUUUUCCAGUUCUCUUUUAAAGUGUAUUCUUUUGCUGGAGGGCAAGAUGAGCGCGCUGAAAGGUUGGCAAAAGAGCUAGCUAUGGAGAUACAGGCUGACCCCAUGAAGGAUUAACUUAUUUGUCCAUUAACCAAUUGCACACAUAGUAUUAGUCACAUCUCUGCUGUACAUGAAUUAUAAGUUAAGCUUAGUUAUUUGUUCCUGAUGAAUCAUCAAUUCACAAGUUAAGGGAUGCUAUGAUGCCUACUUUCCUGCAGUCUGAGAUCUUAGUUGUUUUGUUUCUGAUGAAUAUUCAACUCACAAGCCAAGAAAUAUUGUGAUGCCUACUUCUCUGCAGAAUGCAGUACAUAUAUCAGAAGUCUAAACACUACUUCAUGCAAGGUUCUUCAAAUCCGAGGUUGCAAUUACGAGUCAAAGUCAUAGUAAAAGUAUAAGUGACAUGGGUCGCAUGACUGUUUGUCAUAAAUUUGAGUAGAUGCCCACAGAUUGUGCACCAGAGGGCUGCAGGAUGCAAUGCUAUUGCAGGUCAGUGGAGAUCUUCUUACAAUGAUGAACAAGAUCAGAUUGAGCCUAUAUUGUUCAGAAGCUAGCAAGCAACUUAACAUGGAAUUUGAAUUUGCAGCUGUAUGUGGAAAAAAAAAAAGCAAUCAAUGGUAGUUUCAUCGAUUAACGACACUUCAGGACAAGAACUGAGGAGCAAUAUGAAAUAUCCUGAAUUAAAUCAGGUUGCUGAAACAGUUGGAAACAUCAUCUGAAGUAAACUUUGUAUUGGGAAUGGGCAUUGAAUGUACAAAGUAAACUAAGUACUUUGGAAGAAAAGGAAAGAAAAAAAAUCAAGGGGGUAUAGCUUGCAACUGUACAUGCCUACUUCAAUGUGUAAUUAAUGCUGAUAUAAAGAAAUAUGCAAUCGGUCUAUCUAUAGAUGGCAAGGUACCUGCUUGAGAAGAUGUGCUCGGGCAUUUGCAUCAUUGUAUGUUCACCUGUGUGAUCAUAAUCAUAAUCAUAAUCUUGGCUUGCAGCUUUCGUAGAGAGGCGGCAUCUGGAACUAUAUAUCUAAUAUCUAUGUCGCAUUUGCAUUCAUGAUAUUUGCACUCUCUGAUGUGGCACAUAUCAUGAACAUCCUGCCUUGUUGGGUAUACCCUCUACAACUGCUAGCAUUGCCUGUGUGAGCUCUCUUGUAAGGGAUAAUAAUUGGCAGUUGAAAGCCAGCUAUCUCGCUUAUCAGUAUCAUAUAACUAGGGAUGUCAUUCAAGGCCAUGUAAUUUCCUGCCCAUCUUAAGUAUGUUGUGUUCCGUGACUGAGGUGAAGGCUAAUUACACAGGAAGUGCUCAGGGUUUGGCCAGCUCAUGUACUCUAUCUACAGACCAGAGGCCUGGAGCAUAUGCUUACAGUAUCACAGUAAAGGGCCCUCAAUUCCAUCAAUGACCUAAGUACAUGAGCAUAUGCUCAUGUACUUAGGUCAUUGAUGGAAUUGAGUUACAUACUAACACCAAUGGUUUCCCAGAGGCUAGAUCAGAUCAUUCAGAUGUCAUCACAAACAGCUGAAUCUGUCGUCAAUUCCUGUGAAUUCUGUGAUCAAGCAGAUUGAUAGGAGCAUGUUGUAUAUGAUUACAACCUCCUUCAGAUUAUCAGCCAGCUAAGGAAAUCAUGGUAGGUCACCGAUCGAGAGUCUGAGCUGCAGUGGUAGAGUGGAAUUCUCAGCCAAAAAGUGUCCCAAAGUAUCCUGUAUGCAAACUUUGCUUAUGGUAAUGCUUGUAUUACUUGAAUUUGACUACUUGUCUGCUCUUUUAAUUGUGUAAUGGUAAUGCUGUUAGAGGACCAACUCAACCAAAAGCUUAAACUGAGGCUCUGAUACCAUGUUAGAGGACCAACUCAACCAAAAGCUUAAACUGAUGGUUGAGGCCCAGGAAUAUGUUUUAUACUCUAUCAAAUGCUUGUAUUACUUCCC